AUGUCAACCCACACCACCCGCACGCCCAAUGGCAAGGUCGUGAUCGUGACAGGCGCGGCGCAGGGUAUCGGUGCGGCGAUUGCGGAACGGCUCGCGCGCGAUGGCUUUGACAUCGUGAUUGCAGACUUGAAGAGCGCGGACACCAAGGCCGCGGCUGUGGCGAAGGAGUGUGAGGCGGCGGGGGCUCGGGUUGCUGUGAUCCCUGUGGACGUGCGGUCCGAGGAGGAUGUGACGGCUCUGGUCGCUGGGGCUGUCGAGAAGCUCGGACGCGUUGAUGUGAUGGUCGCAAACGCGGGCAUCGGGCCGCCCGUCGACUUCCUCGAGACGACGACCAAGACGAUGAACGACCUGUGGGAGAUCAACAUCCGCGGCGUCAUGUACUGCUACCAGGCGGCGGCCCGGCAGAUGAUCAAGCAGGGCGGCGGUGGGCGACUCAUCGCCGCAUCAUCCGUCGCAGGACUGAGCGGUUUCCCUCAACUGGGCAUGUACUCUGCGUCCAAGUUUGCCGUGCGCGGGAUGAACCAGUGCGCUGCAGCCGAGUUGGGCAAGCACGGUAUCACGUGCAACACGUACAACCCCGGCGUCGUACAGACCGACAUGUGGACGGAACUCGACAAGUUCUACUCGGGCAAGGCAGGCGGCCCGGACGGUUCGGCGUUGGCUGCUCAAGCGGCCGCCAACCCUUUGGGACGGAACACGAACCCCACGGAGGUCGCCAACGCCGUCUCCUUCCUGGCUGGACCGGAUGCGGCGUACAUUUCGGGUGCGAGUUUGUGUAUCUCGGGCGGUAUGCAGAUGCACUAG